AUGAAUACUCAACAACGUGCUAUGGAGGGUGAUUUGACCCGUAUUACUGCUAUUGCCAGAAAGGAAAAGGACGCCGUCGAACGUACCGACAUGAACGACACCUUGAAGCAAUACACCACCCUUUUCGAAGGUGACAAGGCCUCGAUCGAGUCGCGUAAGGACAACUACACCUCGAUGGUCAACCAAUUCUACGAUUUGGCCUCUGACUAUUAUGAAUUUGGUUGGGGUCAAUCCUUCCAUUUUGCCACCCGUCACAGAUUCGAGUCAUUCGAAGCCUCGAUUGCCCGUCACGAAAUGUACUUGGCCCAUCAACUCGGUCUCUUCCCAGGCAUGCGUGUCCUCGAUGUCGGUUGCGGUGUCGGUGGUCCAAUGAGAACCAUUGCCCGUUUCUCUGGUGCCCACGUCGUCGGUCUCAACAACAACGAAUACCAAAUCCAACGUGCCAAGCGUCUCAAUGAAGCUGCCGGUCUCUCCCACCUCUGCUCCUUUGUCAAGGCUGAUUUCAUGCACGUCCCACAAGCCGACGAGACCUACGAUGCCAUCUACCAAGUCGAAGCCACCUGUCACGCUCCAAACAAGGUCGACUGUUACAAGGAAAUCUACCGUCUCCUCAAGCCAGGCUGUCUCUUUGGUGGUUACGAAUGGGUCAUGACCAACAAGUACGACAAGAACAACGCCGAACACAACAAGAUCAAACACGAAAUCGAAGUCGGAAACGGUCUCCCAGAUCUCGAACAACCAGACGUCAUCGUUGCCGCCCUCAAGGAAGCCGGUUUCGAAGUCCUCACUGCUCACGACGUUGCUGAAGACUCUGAACUCCCAUGGUACCUCCCACUCUCUGCCUCCUUCUCCAUCACUGGUUUCCUCCACACUGGUGUCGGUCGUUACCUCACCGGUAAGUUCUGCCAAUUGCUCGAACUCGUCAAGAUCGCUCCAAAGGGUGCCUACGACGUCAAUGUCUGGCUCCAAUCCGCCGCCACCUACCUCGUUGCCGGUGGUUCCAAGCAAAUCUUCUCCCCAAUGCUCUUUGUCUUGGCCCGUAAGCCAGAAAAGAAGAACUAA